AUGUCCUCUUUACCCGAUGACAAGGUUAAGAUCAACCGCGUUGAUACGAUCGAACCGGCUCCUAUUAGUGCAUCUGUUCUUUCUGGGGAUGAACAGAUCAUCUAUCAGCUUGAAACAACCGGCGAAGAGGUCGGCGUGACGUGGAGGACUGUUAUGGCCGCAGCAUCGAUGGCGCUCUCCUACAAUGCAUAUGUAUUUACGCUGUUGAUGCCGCCGGCAAUUUUGUCCUAUAUCAAUGCAGACUUGGGCCCUGAACCUACCUACACUUGGAUAUCGAUCUCAUGGAAUCUUGGUGGCGCUAUUUUCGUAACCAUCGGUGGUAGGCUCUCAGAUAUUUUCGGUCGCAGGUAUUUCUUUCUUGCUGGCGGCUGUCUUUUGCUCGUCGGCUCGAUUGUAGGCGCGACUGGACAGACGAUCAAUCAGAUGAUUGCAUCUGGCGCUAUCUUUGGUGCCGGAUCUGGCUUUCUCGAAAUGGCUUACGGAGCUGUGCAGGAAAUCGUACCAAACCAGCAUAGAAUGGUCACGAUUGGUCUCUUCGACGCGGCUGCUGUCAUUGCGCAGCUUAUGCCUCUCGCGGCUUGGUCGAUCAUCAAGUAUACACAUGAUUGGAGAAAUGCGUACUAUGUUAUUAUUGCAUUUGAGGCAUUCACCGUAAUCUUUCUGUGGUUCUUCUAUCACCCUCCAAAGUUUACUACUAAACAUGCAACGGAUGGAAGGACUCCGAUGGAUAUUGUCAAGGAGUUCGACUGGCUUGGAUUGGCAAUAUUUGUUGCAGGAUGCACACUCUUCAUCAUUGGCAUGAAUUGGGGUGGAUCUUUGCAUCCAUGGCGAAGUGCGGCUACGAUUGCACCUAUUGUUGUCGGCAUAUCGCUCCUUGUUGGUUUGGGCGUAUAUGAAGCGUUUGGGAAUCUCAAAGAACCGUUGCUUCCCACAAGGCUCUUCAAGCAAGUCCGACAUUUCACCAUGCCCAUCGUAGUCGUGUCUAUAGUUGGCAUGCAAUAUUAUAGCAACGCCACUUUGUGGCCACGCCUGUCGCAAUUGAUUUAUGCUAAGGAUGAAAUCUCGAAGGGGCUCUAUGCUGAGGUCAUUCCGCUUGGCAGCAUCGUUGGUGGCAUAAUGGUAACGGGAAGCAAAAGAUUGGGUCAUCAACGUUGGCAGAUCGUCUUUUGCUGCGCUCUUCAGACGGCGUGCGUCGGAGCAAUGUCCACUGCAAGUAUUGAUAAUCCCGCGAAGAGUAUCGUCUUGACUUUUUUCAUUUCUCUAACGACUACACUUAUCAUGAUGAACUGCUUCGUUCUCAUUGGGUUUGGCAUUGUAUAUCAAGCAGACAUUGGAACGGCAGCAGGACUGGCAGGCACCUCACGGCUCCUCUUUGGCGCCGUAGCUACGGCAAUUUUUAGCAAUGUCACCAACAACAAGUACACGACCACUCUCGCCGGCGCCGUUCGACACAAUGUUGCCAAACUUGGAUUUGGAGAGGUAUACAUGGCCAAGCUGGUGUCCGCCGCAAGGCUCAACACGGCUGCCGCUUAUGCUGCUGUUCCGGGAAUCACCCCAGAGAUUCGAGCGGCAGCCACUUUGGCCAACAAACAGGCUUACCUUGAAGGUGCACACCUUUCCUAUCUUGUAGCACUCGCAUUUGGAUGUGUAGCCUGUAUUGCCGCCCUUUUCAUUCCAAGCAUUGACGACCGCAAAUGGACCAAGAAAACGGUGGCAGUUCAAGAGUCUGACAGAAAAGGCUUGGAAGAGAAGAAGCUCAAUCAUGUUUGA